AAAAAUCCGCUUUUUUUAGAAGAGUCUCAAUAUAUUGAACUUAUAAAUAAAUAUCAAUUUAUAUUUUUUAUAUCAAUAUGUAAUAGUAGAUAAUCUUUUUAAGCGCCACUUUCAAAUCAAUUGUGGAAGUCGUAACAUGCAUAUGCAUAUUUAUUAAAAAAUAGCCGGAUUUUAAAAAAUUUAUAUUUUAAAUAUCUGGAAGAAAUCUCUUACCAAUGGCAGAUGUAAAGUAAAUAUACAACUCUACUGCCUUUGAAAAACUACAAUUUAACAUUAAGCAGUGAUUUUACAUGUUGCUUAUUUUAUCUUGCUUUUCAUUUUCCUAUCGUCUAUUUGAGACGGAUGAGGAAAAAUUAUUUUAUUUUAGGCAAAGAGUGCAGACAACACGAUAUAUAAUUUAAUAAUUAUGUAUUAUGAAGAAUGUGCCAGAAAAUGGCAAACGUUUUUAUACCAUCCCAAUGUUUGUAUGUACAUUCUCAAAUUUAAGGAACAGUUUCUCCAUAAUCCAUUUCUGCAAGUGGUUACCUUUGUUGCGGUAACAUCGUUAUUAACACCUAUUUUUCUCUUUGUUAUAUUUGCUAUUAUCAGUGCUGUAUUUGCAUUUAUCGGUUUUAUGAUGAUUCAAGUGACAGUAUUGGCUAUUGGUGCAAGUAUUUUAAGCUGCAUAUUUUUCUGCAUUGCUAGUACUUUUAUAAUGAUAGGAUUAUGUGUCCUCUUUUCUUCUCUUUUUAUCUAUUAUAUAUUAUAUUAUACAAAUCAUGCAUUUAAUCUCUUAACCUAUGGGAGAGCCUGAUUAAGAAAUUUAGAAUAUAGAUUGUUAUGUUCUUAAUGAGAUCUAAAAAAAAUUAAUAAAAAUUAAAAGAACAUCUUUACCACAAAUUAUAGAUUUACUUCAUAGAUCUACCAUAAUCAUUUUCAAACAUACAUACAUGUAUGCUUAUCUUAAUUAUAGUAUAAACGUAUUUGUGUAUUCUGAAAGUAAUUAAUUCAAAAACAUCUAAAUAUAGAGGGAUAAUAGAUUUAAAUAAAUACAAAAAUUGUAUGGU